GUGGGAGGAGCAGGGGAGUGCGUGGGGGGAUUCAGGUGAUCCAGUCCUCUCAGAUCCCGCACAGAGGAGGCGCAAGACGGCGGGAUAAGCUGCAUACAGAGCGCACCGUCCGAUACAGCCACUCCCGACCACACGGAACAGAGAGAGAGAGAGAGAGAGAGAGAGAGAGAGAAAGAAAAAGAGAGAGAGUGAAGGGGAGAGACAGAGAGAGAGUGGGAUAGUGUGUGUGUGUGAGAGAGAGAGAGAGAGAGAGAGAGUGGGAUAGUGUGUGUGAGUGAGUGAGAGAGGGAGUGAGAGAGAGAGUGAGUGGGGGAGUGGAGAGAGUGGAGAGAGGGAGUGAGAGAGAGAGAGAGAGGGAUCUCACAGCUCGGCUUUGUUCUAUUUCGGUAAUCAGGGUUUGAACCGGUGCCUCUCUGUGAUCUCCCCUAAAAUCAGUUUGCUUUCUUCCCCCGGGCUAAGAAGUGUGACUACAAAUCUUGUGCCUCUGAAUCCUUUUUUCUCCUCUCUCUCUCUCUCUUUUUCUCUUUCUCUGUCUGUCCCUCCCUCAUUCUCUCUGUUUAUCUCCUGCGUGGAGGGUUCGAGAUGUUUAAAAGAAGCAAAAGCGAAGUUCUGGUGGACGAUGAAACGUCUGAAGGAGAGGAGGACGCGCCCUGGCAUCGGGAGCGCGCGGAUAAUAAGGAUAAAGAGUCAGAGGGAACAGAGGAAGCGCUGGGCCCCUCAACCAAGGACACCAAGAGUAAGAAGGUGAAACCUAAGAAGGACAAAGGAGACAAGAAGCUGUUUCCUUCACAAGAUGACGAGCACUUCCUGCUUACAGGAGUCACGGUCUCACACCGGAAAGGGUCUGCUAAGAAGAGCCUGGAGGAGGAGAAGGAAAAGAGUAAAGCGCACUCAGAGAAAGACCGUGUCCACUGCUUGUGGGACAGCAUCACCAUGACCAUGCGUCAGAUCACUCCAAACCGGAAGAUGGACAGGAUGGAGGGCUGGGAGCCGCCGCAGCUGAGCGAGGAAGCAGAGGGGAAGAGAAGCGAGGGAGAGGGGAAGAAGAGCGACUCGUCUCCGCUCUCUACCGGGCUCUCGCUCUCUCUGCCUGGCUCGCUGACCCUGCCGUCCUGGACGGGCAUCGGCUCAGAGGAAGACUCUUCACGUUACGCCAGUCUGAGCGAGCCCCAGGCCACAGGACCCUCACAGUGGGCCGCUCGUGCUCGAGAUAAACUGGCGGCCGUGCGACGUCGCAGCCCCGGCAGCCAAUCAGAGAGUGCGUGGGAGGGGCUUAAGUGAGAACUCAAACCUCUUCAUAGACCCCAUAUGAUGCCGAACACUCAAGCGCAUGGAAAUGUAACUCAGAAUGGAUAGCAUGCACAGAAGCAAAAAAAAAAAAAAAAAGAAAAGAAACAAACAAAAAAAAAACAAAACAUGGGGAGCAGGUGAACAGAAUGAGGACGUGUCCUUUUGAGUGUACUGAUGACUUGGUGGGUUUUUUGAAGGUCUAGAACUACACAGGACCCUCGUCUGUUAAGAUCCUGUGGCUUUUUAAACCAGAAAUGGCUGUUUUUGUUAAACCUAAAAUGCUAUGAUUAAUCAGUUUCCCUUGAAGGACAAACACUGAGUUUAUGGAUGGACUUUUCUGCCUUUUUGACCAGUGACGCAAGACUAUGGCAUUGAAAUGCUUGUUAACGUUAGACCAAACAGUUUAAUAUUUAAUCAUAAUUAUAAUUGCAAUCAGCCUUAAAUCUUUAAUUGUUUGACCAAUUGCUUGGACGCCUCGUUUGUCUGAAGGUUGCCCGCGCUGCUCAAAGCCACAGACAGGGGCGACGUAAGAGACUACUGUGCCUUAUAAGCUCUAAAACGAAUCGGGAUGUUAUGAUUAGUACUGAUUAAGAGGAGAAAGUGAUGGAAGUUAUUUAAACAAUGCCUUAUACCACCUGACUGUGAACACCACACAGUACUGUACCUUCACCGACGCUUUUGUUUUAUUAAGCAUCACAGGAAACGAGUCUCAUUCAAAACACUUCAUGCUUCAUCUCCCAACUCAGGCGUUCAGAGCAUUUAAUACAAGGCGGUGCAGAUGCAGACAUGCCAACCUUUCUGUGUCGCAACUUCAUAUUUUUAACAUCAGAGUAUGGUGGCAGAUGAACCACCAGAAUCGACAUGUGAAUCUGCAAUGACUUAAAAUCGUGUAGGUGUUUUGAACAUCUCUCUGAUGUUAUCUGACCCCCUGGAAGCUCCGCCCCUUCCCCUUUCCCCCAUUACAUUAGUAAUCUCUUGACUUGAUUUUCUCUCUGAAAAGAUGAGCUGAUGCAGUGGCUUCACUUUCAAAGUAAACAUGAAAUCAAAUCUGUAUGUAUGCCAAGUAUGUUUGACUUGGCUAACAUAGACACGUUAUAGACAAGUGUUGCAUCGACGUCAGUUAAAUAGACCGAAAAUAUUCUGCCAAAACUGCUCACUUGUUCAGCCAAAAAAAAAAAAAGCUGAAAAUUUUUGACAAAUCAUUUUAAUGCUAAUGAUAAUCAGAGAAUGAUUAAAAACACUGUUGUCCUGCAGCAAAAACACAUUCAAAGUGUGGUAAAGCCCCAGUGACUAGAAACCAGAGUGCGCAUAUAUACAGGGUUUUACGUUAACCACCAGGUGCUUGGGGGAAAAAGCUGCCGCUCUUCUGUUUUAGUUAAGAUGUUAGGGAUAGAAAAGAUUACAUACACACUUUCUUAUUAAAAGCUUUAUGUAACAUGUAUGUAAACUUUUGUAAAGUCUAGUGCGCCUGGUGCUUACCAUAAACCCCUGCAUCAACACAUAGUCCAGUUUCUUAGACAAGUGAAUACACAAGGGACUACGCAGGGCUAUGUCUUCUUCCUCUUCAGGGUUGGCAGGUCUGCAGAUAUACUGUAUCUCAUCCCUACAGGCAUUUGGAGAAUGUUAUUACAAGGUACACUUUGUCACUGCCUUAUGAAAGCUCUACUACUGUAUAAGACAUCCAUUCCCUUCCUCCUUUUGAGCCUUAAAAAAAAAAAAGAGUGAAACUACUGUACUGCUACUGAUGCUGAAUUUCCUGCUUCGUCUUAUAAUUACACUGAAGGAGUUCGGGAAAAAUUAGAACUAAAUAUCAGAUUCACGUUCUCUAAAUGUAGUCGAUCAGCCAACACGUUUGCUGCUGAUGAGACAUGGAAGGUCACCCAAAAUCUUUUUUUUUUUUUUUUUUUGAAGAGGGGCAAGCAGAAAAUUUCGAUUGAUUUUUCACUGAACUUUCAGGAUUCAGGCCUCAAUAUGAUGUAGCACACAUCAGGGAUUCUCAGUACUUCCACUGAUCUCAUUCGAACACACUUUCCCCUUCUAAUGUCAAUGCUGAUCUGUUUUCCUCUUUUGCUAAUUCACCAUGAUCAGACUUUUAUUUAGUUAUAGUGGAGCCUCUACACUGAUGCUCACCAUAACUAGUCCAAUUCUGCCAAAUCUUCACUGAGUGAACAGAAAUUUAACAAAGACAAUCAUGCUUGUCAAAUUCUACUGAUGUUAAUAGGUUUAUGUAUACUAGCGCAUAAUGCCAGUUCUUUUUUUGAGUAUUCUCUUAAAUUAUAUGAGGAUUUUAUGGAUUUUAUUUGAUUUUUUUUUUUUCGUUUGUUGAAAAUGUCUAAAUUCUGCUUGUAUCAUUUGGUUUUAUCACCAGACUUUUGAUUCCAAAUAAAGCAUCUUCUGACA